AGACCCUCCCCUUUUGACAAGCUAUAAAAUGAACUAUGAAACAGGUGCAGUAUUACAUUCUCCUCCUGAUCAAAGAUGGAUCUGCAAAUCUCAGUUUUUCUUCUCUUCAUUCUUUUCACUGCAGGACACUCUCUCCGCUGUUAUGAGUGCAAUGGUCUGACGGGUUCUUGUGUGGGACAAACGGUACAAACAUGUCCCAGUGGAUAUUCUCAGUGCGAGAGUUUAACAGGAGUGACACAAAUUGGUGACAUUACUUCUAAAGAGAAGUUUAAAGGUUGUGCUCCUGUCUGUCGAAGUGGGUCCAUAAACUUUGGCCUUGUCAGGAUGACUACUUCCUGCUGUAACACAGACCUGUGUAACCUCCAAGACGCUCCAGAUCCCUCUAAUGUCCCAAAUGGAAAGAAAUGUUACUAUUGUGAUGGACAGACAUGCUCAAAAACAUUGAGCUGUUCAGGGGACGAAGACCGCUGCAUUACAGCAACAGCGACUUCUGGAGGCCAGACAGUGGUGGUAAAAGGCUGUGUCUCUAAAUCCUUUUGUGAUGCCACAACAUCGGUUAGAAAUGUUGAGAGCAUCUCAUGUUGUGAGGGGAACCUGUGUAACGGUGCUCAGAGUGUCUCCCAGAGCUUCCUGUUCUUCUGCUGUUCUCUGCUCUCCUACUUCCUGCUGCACUGAAUCCAGCAGCUCCUCACAUCCUACAAUGAGACACACUGUACUGAAUAUAGAGCUUGUAGUUUCUCUGUACUAUUUUUGGUGUCCUAAUGUGAUUUUUUGCAGUAAAUUUCUGAUGUGACACUUUAUGAAAUAAAAUAUUACAUCACCUUG